CGACCUCAACGUCCGCAUCUUGUCUGCCGUGAUGUUACAGAAAAUCUACAUAGCCCGACAUGGCUAUCGGCUGAACUGGGUUACGAGCAACUGGCAGAGUAAGACCGGCUUACCCAAAGACCCGCCACUAGCUGCUUUCGGAGAAUUGCAAGCGAGGGAGCUUGCAGCCUAUUUCCUGUCCCUCCCGGAGUCCGAGCGACCGACGGCGAUAUUGUCUUCCCCGUAUUACCGAUGCCUUCAGACGUCUGAGCCUACCUCUCAGGCAUUGAACCUACCAAUCUUUGUGGAACAUGGCCUCUCUGAGUGGUAUUCCCCAGUGACAGAAGGAACCGGACUGCAUCCCCGCCCUGGAUCUGCGGCCGAUCUGCAACGGUAUUUCCCGACCAUUGAUCCCGCGGGGUGGUCCACUAUCUUCUAUCCGUCUCGAAAGGGAGAGACGGUAGGGCAAGUUCAUGAUCGCGCAGCCCAAUUUCUUGGAAUAUUGGUGCCAAUCAUCGAGGCAAAAAUGCCAGGAGUAGAACGCGUUCUUUUGUUCAGCCACGCGGCAACCGUGAUUGCCCUUGUUCGCGCUUUGCUGAACGACAGGACUAUGGAUCUCCGGGUAGGAUGUUGUUCGUUGACAGAGUUGGAGAGGCUACCAGGCGCCAAUGCGGUUUUGGGCGGGUGGAAGAUCCUGAAAGUCGCGGACGGCACCCACAUGAAGGAAGGGGCCUCGAGAGACUGGGGUUUUGAGGACAUUGAGAUCGCGAACGGCGAGGUUGUUUCAGAUCCCGGUUUACCUGGAUCGGAAGAUGAAACUGACGGGCCCGUAGGGCCCCAAGUAUCCCAUCCAUCCGCAAGGAUGUAGACUAGGAAUGCCACCGCCACGCACACAUGUACAAUCCCAUGCUUUGGGACAAUCAAAUAG